CAGACGUUACACAGGUCACACUGUCACACACGGAAACGAGGGAUUACCGUCGUCUGCUGCGUAUCCUGGACCUUCAUGUUAACUUAAAAUAAGGAUUCCCAUGUAAACCCUUCAGACUGAGAGGAGAAGGUUAGGCAGUUUCUCUGUGAUGAUGGACAAUUAGUUCUGACAGUGCCCCAAUGGAAGCUCCAGUCACAGCUGCCCCUGCUCCCAACACCUCCACUCUGCCUCCCCCAGUUCCCCUUCGCCCGGCUGUCGCUCCGUCAGUCCAGCUUGGCUUUACCAUCCUCUACACCACUCUGUAUUCUGUACUCUUCCUGGUGGUGUACGUCCAGCUCUGGCUUCUCUACCUCUACAGACACAAACGAUGGAGCUACCAGAGUGUUUUUCUGUUCCUCUGCCUGCUCUGGGCUGCCCUCCGCACCACCUUGUUCUCCUUUUACUUCUGUAAUGCUCUGGAGGCCAAUCACCUACCUGUUGCAGUCUACUGGCUGCUCUACUGCUUCCCUGUUUGUCUGCAGUUCUUCACAUUCAGCCUCAUUAACCUGUAUUUUACUCAGGUGUUGCUCAAAGUGAGAGAGGCUUACAGCUUGGAAGGGAGCAAAAGACUGUGGCUGGCACGGUGCAUGUAUGCUGCAUUGAGCGCUGUCUUCCUCUGUGUCAACGUGGUUUGUGCUGCUCUCGGGGACCGAGGCCGCGGUGGUUCGGGGGACCGGACCUGGAACCUAGUCCUGGUUCGAGUCAUUGUUAAUGACUCGCUCUUCAUCCUGGAUGCCGUGUUACUGGCUGCUUUGCUGAUGUUCCUGACCAGGCGCUCGCACUCCACCAGCCCCUACCUGGUCAGCAAGGGAACCACUGUGUGCCGCACAGCAGCACUGGGAGCAGGAGUGAUCUUGUUGUUUGCCAGUCGAGCCUGCUACAACCUGACAGCCCUCUUUCUGUCCCAGGACCACCAAGUGGAGUCAUUCAACUUUGACUGGUACAACAUCUCUGACCAGGCUGACCUGCGUUAUCAACUGGGUGACAGCGGCUACCUGGUCUUCGGUGCCAUCCUCUUCAUAUGGGAACUGCUCCCAACCAGUCUGCUCAUCCUCAUCUUCAGGGUUCGGCAGCCCACUCAGGAGACUGGCAACAUGGCCAUUAACAACAGGGUCCUACCUCGUCCAUAUUUCUUUGAUGACCCUCAAGGCAGUGAUGAGGACAUGCCUGUUCCAUGGGCACGCAGUUCACAUCCACAAUCAAGCUGGUAUGGAGCAGAGACUGCUCCUCUCCUGUUUGCCACCAACCCCCCAGACCAGAACCACCAGCACCACUCGUUCUAUUCAACCCCCCAGAACUGACCUUGACUCCUGACCACGAUCAGGGCUGUGUGGAAUUCAUCUCCAGGACAAAAUAUAGACACAGCUCCCAGCCAGUAGUACCUCCCCCUGUGAGCAGUUUUUGCACUGAAAACCUCAGGAAAUCAUCACCAAACAGUGAAUAUGCACCUUGUAGUUUUUGAAGAGAGAAUACAUUAAAAAUCUUUCUUUGCUCAAAGGGAACAGACACGGUGGGAAAAGCCCUGCCAGAUGUGAAUAGCCAAAUAUUGUGCUCAGUGAGCUCUGUGUAAAGGUUAAGCUGAGGUUUAGCCACAAGAUUCCUUGUUUUAAAAAAGUCAUUGUCCCAUUGUUGGUGGUGAACUAGCUCUUACAAUUCCUAAAAAUGGCACAUCUAGCUUCAUUAGCAUUCCUUAAUACAUGUCAUGCAGUGUAGUUCAUGAACUCGCAGCAUGUGAUAACCACUAGUAACAGGCAUUAAUGAUACUGUUUUACAGUUUUGUACAGUUUAAAUAAAGGUGACAUCUUUUACACUGUUUCAAGUGUAUCAGAAACAGACUAAGAUACAAAUGAACAAUGGUCUCUUUUGGCAUUUUGUCUUUACAGCAAAGUACUGUUUUCUGUAAGACCACGGAUUUCUUUUGUAACCUUUAAUAAAUCAUUCAACCUCAGCUCAGCAGGAUCUCUUUUCUAAUCUCAGACCUAAACAUUGCUGCACAUAUUAUUAACAAUAUUGUUUUUGUUUGUUUCCUCUUUAUGGCCAGUGUCUGCUAUUCUUUAAGUUUGUAUGUCACACUUGUAAAGAGAGUCCUCAUUUUAAAAUUUCAAAAUUGAUUUAGAUUCUUAUCCCCUUCCUGUAUAAUUGUACUGUGUUAUGUAAAUUUAACUUAUUUCCUAACUAUAGUCCUACCUUUUUAUUGUAGCUGAUAAUCAAAUGUUUUUCGCUUUAUGUCUUUAUUAGAAUGAAGCUUCCUCAUAGUGAGUCACUCACCUGUGGCACAUGUGUGACUUCAGCACAUGACUGACAUUUACUAUGUAAAC